UAGGGCCUAGGGUGGCAGUGUAUGUUAACAGGCUUCACAGAGCUUUACGAACAAACAACUCAAUAAGAACGAUGGUGCUUGAUUUAACUUUGUUCCGUAAAGAGAAGGGUGGUGAUCCUGAAAAGUUGAGGGAAUCUCAGAAGAAGAGGUUUAAAGAUGUUACCCUUGUUGACAAAGUUGUUGAGAUUGACAACAAGUGGAGAGAGGUAUCAUAUAACUGUGACCAAUACAACAAGCUUAAGAAUAUCACCAGCAAGGCUAUCGGAAAGAAAAUGAAAGCAAAAGAACCUCAGGGCGACACCAAUGAAAUAUCCGAUGAAGCCAAAAAUAACAUCUUGCAAAUGACAGCAGAAUCUAUGGAUAAAUUUACGGUGAAACAGCUAAAAACCAUCAGUAGUGAGAUAGACGCACGAAAGAAGUCUGACGCAGCACAGGUGUCUAAGCUAGAAGAAGAGAGGUUAGCAUACUUGCGGCAAGUUGGAAAUUUGUUGCAUCCUUCAGUGGUCAUUCACGACGAUGAAGCCAAUAAUGAGAUUGUGAGAACAUCCGGCGACAUCGAGACAAGGAAGAAGUACUCGCAUGUUGACUUGAUUCACAUGAUCGGAGGAGCUGAUCUAGAUAGAGGAGCCACUGUUGCCGGCAGCAGAGGAUACUUCUUGACUGGACCAGGAGUGCACUUGAAUCUAGCCCUGAUCCACUAUGCUACAAGCAUGCUUGCUGGUAAAGAUUACACUCUUCUGCAAACACCUUUCUUUAUGAGGAAGGAUGCUAUGAACCAGGUGGCCCAGCUGACCCAAUUUGACGAUGAGCUGUACAAAGUAGUAGGAAAACGUAGUGAGGACGAGAAAGACGGAGAGCUGGAAGAGAAAUACCUGAUAGCCACCAGUGAGCAACCUAUCGCUGCGUUCCACAUGAACGAGUGGCUAAACGAGAAGGAGCUGCCGAAAAAGUACGGUGGUUUCUCAACGUGCUUCCGACAAGAAGUGGGCUCCCACGGUCGAGACACACGUGGUAUUUUCCGAGUGCAUCAGUUCGAAAAGAUAGAACAGUUCUGCAUAACCAGCCCGGAGACCAGCUGGGAGAUGUUCGAUGCGAUGAUCGGUAAUGCGGAGGAGUUCUGUACUAGCCUGGGACUGGCUUACCAGGUCGUCAAUAUUGUCAGCGGAGAGUUGAACCUGGCGGCGAGCAAGAAAUUAGAUCUGGAGGCGUGGUUCCCCGGAGGUGGUGCUUUUAGAGAGUUGGUCAGUACUUCCAACUGUACUGACUACCAGAGCAGGAGGCUGAAAGUAAGAUACGGCCAAACCAAGAAGAUGGGAGAAAGUGCUCAGUUUGUGCACAUGUUAAACGGAACUCUGUGCGCAACAACACGUGUAAUCUGCUGCCUGCUGGAAACUCACCAAACUGAGGACGGUGUGAACGUGCCAGAGCCGCUACAGAUGUACAUGCCACCAAAGUACAAGACCUUCAUUCCUUUCGUCAACAAGGCCCCAAUCGAUACUAUCCAGGAGAAGAAGAAAAAAGGAAAAUAAACUGAGAUUUAUUAGGAGUUGAGUUUUAUCUGCUUUUUGCGCAUUUUUAGAGAUGCUUUUAUUUGAUCCUCA